CAUGAGCAAGCCAGCUUGAGAGGGGAAACAGAGGAAGUCACUCUUUACUUGGUUUUAGCUCGCUCGUCAAACCGCGCCUCUUCCCUCCCCCCCCACCACACUUGUUGACUAACCACACGUCUCGUUUCCCACGCCCAGCGUCAGCAUCAUGCAUGCAUCCUGUUAAUCUGGUAGCUUCAACCUCGUCGCCAUCUGCCUCCCAAUCACGUCGCUCGACGCCUCUCUCUCGCUCUCUACCCGUCAAACUUUCUUCCCUCCUACGUAGCUAUCGAAGCAGGGAGACGUUCACUGGAGUAGGAUCGAUGUGCAUAUAAGGCUGCCUGCCUCCGCCAUACAGCCACCAUCAGGUGAGGAGAUGGAGGAACUGAGGAGAGGGCCUUGGACCGUAGAAGAAGACCUAGUACUCAUCAAAUACGUCACCGAGCAUGGCGAUGGCCAGUGGAACGCCCUCGCUCGUCUUGCGGGUCUGAAACGAACAGGAAAGAGCUGCAGGCUUCGAUGGCUCAACUAUCUUCGCCCGGACAUCCGGCGAGGAAACAUCACGCCCGAUGAGCAGCUCCUCAUCCUCGAGCUCCAAUCUCGCUGGGGAAAUCGGUGGUCGAAAAUAGCACGUUGCCUACCGGGCCGGACCGACAACGAAAUCAAGAACUACUGGAGGACUCGCGUGCAGAAACACGCCAAGCAACUGCGGUGCGACGUGAACAGCAAGACGUUCAGGGACGCCACGCAGCAUCUGUGGAUGCCUCGCCUCCUAGAGCGGAUCCGGGCGGCCUCCGGCAGCGCUCCUUCCGCCGACCCUCCGCCCUACUCGCUCUCGCAGCUACUCCCGCCCUGCCCGGAAAAGAUGGCUGCCGUAUCGUCGUCAUCGACGUCGACGUCGGAGGAUGACUCGCUGCUGACUCAGUUCUCGUUCUUCACCACCGUGCAAGGCGGCGAGAUGGUCCAGUUUGACGAGCAGGUCCUCGACGUUCAUGGUGCCACCGGCGCCGGUUGGACGGAGUCUCCAAGCACUUGUCCCACAAACUAUGGUGACUUUGAGCAAGGUGGAUGGGCAUCAGCCGACCUGCUAAGCGGUGAUUACAUGUGGAGCAUCGAGGAUCUACAAUAGUGUCAAUGAUGUAAUCAUCAACAACAGAUGUAUUCGAAGUAGCUACAUAAAUUCCAUGUUUUCACGAUCAUCAAGAACUGCCGAGAAGCUUUAGCUCGAAGAAUGGAAAUGUCACCUUCACUAAAGUGUCCUGUAUCUUUCAAACAGCUGGAAGGAUCAGCCAUGAACACAUGUUAUGCUCGAUUCGUACAUAAACUGGAGAUAAGUCCAAGCAGGUUCUCAUCA